GUCAAAGAACUGAAAAGUAAACGCACUUAACGCCCACGAUGCCACGUGCACGUGGCGUUCAUUAUUUAUUACUUUAGCUGACGUUUGAGCGUUGGAGGACCUUCGUCUUGUUUGGUCGACCGAAGAACAUAUUACAAACCGGCGAUUUGGGGCUCAAUUAGCUAGAACCUUCCAAACCCAAAUUCCCCAAUUCUCGAAAUUAGGGUUUUCACCCCCCUCACAGUCGGCCAUAAAUUAGUUCUUCUCUAUCUCAUUUUCAUUUUCAAGUCGGCCUAUUAUUAGGUCUCCGGAAUCACCCUAAUAAUCGGGCCUUUUCCUCUAUGGCGGAGCACUUGGCUUCGAUCUUCGGCACCGAGAAGGACAGGGUGAACUGCCCCUUCUACUUCAAGAUCGGCGCAUGUCGUCAUGGCGAUCGUUGCUCUCGCCUCCACAAUCGCCCCACUAUCUCGCCGACCCUCCUCCUCUCCAACAUGUACCAGCGCCCGGACAUGAUCACACCCGGCGUGGACGCCCAGGGCCAGCCCAUCGACCCUCGCAAGAUCCAGGAGCACUUCGAGGACUUCUACGAGGAUAUCUUCGAGGAGCUCGGCAAAUUCGGGGAGAUCGAGAGCCUCAAUGUCUGCGAUAACCUCGCCGACCACAUGAUCGGCAACGUCUACGUUCAGUUCAAGGAGGAAGACCAGGCCGCCGCAGCAUUGCACGCCUUGCAGGGACGCUUCUACUCGGGCCGCCCCAUUAUUGCCGAUUUCUCGCCUGUCACCGAUUUCCGCGAGGCCACGUGUCGGCAAUUCGAGGAGAACAAUUGCAACCGAGGCGGGUACUGCAAUUUCAUGCAUGUUAAGCUGAUUGGAAGGGAGCUGAGGAGGAAGCUCUUCGGGAGGUACCGUGGGUUUAGGAUUAGCCGGAGCCGGAGUCGGAGUUUGAGCCCGCGUCAUAAACGAGAGUAUAGGGAUUAUAGAGACCGGGACCGUGAUUAUCGAGGGAAUGGGAAGCGAUCGAGCAGGGACAGGUAUGAUAGGGAUGGUGGUGGUGGUGGUGGACGGAGAAGGCAUGGUAGCCCGAGGCGGAGCAGGAGCAGAAGCCCCGUACCCGGGAGGGAAGGGAGCGAGGAGCGGCGAGCUAGGAUUGAACAGUGGAAUCGGGAAAGGGAGGAUAGGCCGUGAUUUCUGGAGUGUUUUCCUUUGCAUUCGGUACGGGCCAGAUUUGGUAGCCCUGAAAAUUGGGCUUGCUGAGCUCAAAGUUGGUCAGAAACGGGUCCUGGUUUAGUUUUCUACUCUCAAACUUGUCCUUUUUUCUCUCUAAUGAUUUUCCAUUAAUGCUUUUAGGGCCAGAUCUGGCUGCCCUGAAAAAUGGGGUUGCCAAACUCAAAAUUGGUCAGGAAACGUGUUCCUGGUUUUAUUUUCUGGUCAGAGACUUCUAUUUUCUUUUCUCCUACCUCUCUAAUAAUUUUUCCAAUUAUGCUUUUAGGGCCAGAUCCGGAAGCCCGCAACCCCAACCUCACAGUUGGUCAGAAAACAGGGCAAGUUGUCUGGUUAGUGUAUCAUAUCUCAGUUUUUUUCUCCUGACAAAAAAAAGUGUUUAUCAGGGAUAAUAAUUGUUCUUCUGCCUCUAGUUAAAGGAAAAAACAGGUUAUGUUUUUGGUUUUGUUGACUCACGUUUAUUGACUUCAUUACAGUAUGGGCCUCCUGAGGUGUGCCUCUCUGUUUUUUUGUGGCGUUAUAGGAAAAUAGUUGACCCCUUCUGUAAGAAACUUUAUCCUCAUUAUUGAGAUUCCAAAAUUCACCCCCUCAA